UUCCGACAGCACCUAAAGGCAACAUUAGUAGCUACUUGUGCAUCUUGUAGCGUUAGUGCUUGCUACAGCUAGCUUUAUCAAACAGAUUUGUCACAGUUGUGGUUAGAAAGAAAACUAAUAUUAAUUGAGUAGGAACAAACGACUUGAACCAAGCUAGCAGUGCGCUUAAUAUAUUCAUUAUGAAACGAUGAUAACGUAUCCAGGUACCGUACGGUAAUUUAGCUAAUAGCAGUUAGCACUGGUUAGUUCUGGACCUUGUUGACCUGAACAUUGUUUUCGGAAGACCAAUUCUCUUUAAUUGAACAAAACUGAACUGUAUAAGCACCUGUUUUUACAAACUAACCAGACUACUAGGUGGCUUGCUACUUUGUAUCUGAAGAUGGACAAGUUUGUAGUGCGGCUUCCAAAGGGGGAAACACCUAAAAAAUUGAAAAGCAACGAAAAAAUAUACAAACAAACUACAAUUGAAUCUUUACGGAGGGUGGUUGUAAUUGAGGAUAUCAUGCGCUACAAGUCCAUGUUGGAUCUGCCAGAACAGAGCAAGGAUAAUCUGCUGACUGCCCUGACAGAGCUGAGCAAGAAGAUCCCUUCCAAGGAGGUGCUCAAGUCCACUAAAAUAGGUCACACCGUCAACAAAAUGCGCAAGCAUUUGGACCCUGAGGUGAGUUCAAUGGCAGCAAAGGUUUACAUUGAAUGGAGGACAUUCAUCGAGGAGAAUUCCAAUAAGCCAUCUCUUGAAGUGCGCUCCGACAAACAAUCUGAAGGACUCAGGAGCAACGCUAGAAGACUUAUGUCUGAGGCCCUUGAGGUCAAGGAGGAUUCUGGCCUCAUAGACAACAUUGAGAGAGAAGUGUUUCACCAGAGCUCCCGGUUAGUCAGCACGUCAUACAGACGCACUGUUAGAGCACUGGUGUUUGCCUUCAGACACAACCCUGACAUCAGAACUCAAGUGAAGGACAGCACUGUGUCAGUCAACAUGCUGGUUUCUAACUACAAGAAAUAGCUGGUAUUGAA